AUGUUCAUAUAUAUUUAUUUUUACAGAACUUAUGACGAAGGUUCACCAUUUCGGGAGAUCCAACGUGGCGUACGGCAAGGCGAGGUCAUCUCUCCAAAACUAUUCUCUGCAGCUUUAGAACUUGUAAUGCGGCAAAUAGAGCUGCCUUGUGGCAUUGAGAUAGAUGGCGAAAGACUUCAAUACUUGAUGUUUGCAGACGACAUAGUCUUGAUUGGAAGCGAACCGAGUGCACUCGAAAGCUCCCUCAAUAUUUUGAGCGAAGCCUCCCAAUCCGUCGGACUUGUAAUACAUCCGGGAAAAACCAAAUGGAUGAAAAACAACUAUACAAACGACUAUCGUUUAUGCAUGAAAGGAUCAAUCAUUGAAGAAGUCUCAUCGUUCACGUAUCUUGGCCAAGAAUAA